AUGGUUGUUGUACAUUACAAAUUGAUUUUUGAUUUUUCUAAAUUACAUUCAUUAAAUGUCAAAUAUAAACAUGAUAAAAGUCGAGAUUAUGCAAAUCCAAUAUUACUACCAAGUGAAAAUUCUAAUGAACCUAUUUCAAUUGAUGCAAGAUAUUUGACAGAUAUUCCAAAUAUUUACGGUUCACCAAUAAUGACACUUACUGAAGCUCCAUUGACAACACCUUCUGCAAUAAAUAAUGGUGCUAUUCAUCUUCCAACUUCAACAGCAACCAUGUUAAAUGUAAGUCAAUUAGCUCAACAAUAUACGACAGCAGUAGCUUGUCAAGUUUUAAAUAGAACAAAUCCUACGACAACAUUAUUAACAACAACUGGUACAACACAAUCACCAUCAUCAUUAUCAACAUUACAACAACCAUAUCAUCAACAUGCACAAAUAAUAAGUCCGUAUAUUACUUCCAGUUUCAGAAUCAUCAUCUGUUGAACUAUGUGGAAAUAGUAAUGGUAUUGGUGUUGUUAAUGAGAAAACCGCAACACUAUCUCCACCUUCUGCUCUGUAUUUUUACAACAACAGUACACUCAUCAUGUACUCUGUUGACUUUCUGCGCUUGCGACAUAGAAUAUAUCAUUUCAUUCUUCUUAGAUUUUCUUUAUUUUAUGUAUUAUAUACAUAAUGUGGUGCUGUUUUGAACACUAUAAUCUCUCAUUGAGCUCCUUUUUUCUUCUUUAUAAGCGAGUUCUUCCGCUUUCUCUUACUUUUUCCUGUGAAUUUUUGUUUUACUUUAUAUUGCCAGAACAAAUGACAAUCAAAGAAUAAUGCUACUGUUUGCAUUUAUAAUCUUUUAGUCUUCAUUCUUUGUUUUUAUUUGUUUUUCAAUUGAAUUAAGCUGGAAAAUAAUGAUCUGCAGAAUUUAUACAGUAUCUUUGGUUGUUUUUUUCUUAAAAUUUUGCAAGUGUGAAUGACUACAUCCUUUCGUUUUUGUUUGUGAAUACCAUUUUCACUUUCUCAUGCAAAUAAAACUUAUGUCCCUGUUCUAAUUAAUGCUGGUCCAUUGAACUAAUUAUUUUAAAAGGUAAAAAAAUAAUUCUAUGAAGUAUAAUCUCACACUUUCUUCUUCCUUUUUUAUAUCACAUAUCAACACAUUUACACACGUACAUAUAUAUUCUCUUGUAUUUACGUGUGAUAUGAUCAGUUUUAUCCCAUUCAUUUUUUUUUCUAAGUUAUCUUUGCCAACUACUCUCCUUUUUUUUCUGUAGAUAUUUUUAUUGAACACUAUAGAUAUGAACAAUAAUAAUAUGAUUAUUAUUCUUUUAUUUUUAUCUAAUUAACUCUUCGUAGCUGUCCCGAUUUUGUAACUAUGUAGCUGUCCUGGGGUCCGCGCAGAUCUAUCUAUAAAAAAACAUCAAACGUGAUUAAUAGUGUUUUCUUCAACUCUUUUAUACAUGUAUGCACUAGCAUUAGACUAGAGAUUAGAGAAGGACAAUGGUCGAAAACAGGAAGUAUUAAUGGAGUAAUACACGAAAAACUGCAAAGUGGGUCCGUUCGAACCCCAGGUCAGCUACGAAGAGUUAAUGGGGAUUUGUUCGUGUCGUAUUCUUUUCUUUGCCAUUUAAAUAUACAUUUAUCCCAUAGAAAUCAAACCAUAUGUGCCAUUUUUAAUCUUAUUCUUUUGCUCGAUGCCAAGACAGAAUUAUAAAUUAUUCUAGAUAAACAUAAUACUGCCCUACCAAGUGAAUAAUGGGGAAAUAGUCAUUAAAAUGCAUUAUUAUCCAUAGCCAGACCAUUUCGACCAUUAAAAUGCAUCUUUUUUAGAGAAUAAUGGUAAAAUAGGCACUAAAAUGCGUUUCGAUGCAAAAAUGAUCCAUUUUGACCAUUUCAUAAACACGGACUUGAUUUUUUUGGAGUUUCAAACUGACUUAAACAAUACUUAUGGUUUCUGAAACUGAGAUGGAUCAUUAAUAAUUACUUAAAAAACAUACAUAUUUUACACAAAAGUCAAAAAAAUUUUUCGAAAAUUCUGUAUAAUCUCCCUCAGACAAAAAAAACGGCCUUUUUCCAUUUCAUUUUUGCAUCACUUAAUACGUUGUUUUAAAAAGCAAAAUAUACCAGGAGAUGCAGCGUGAAAAGAACUACAAUUUACAAAGUAAAUCUUAUUUUAAUUCUGUACUUUUUGUUUUCAAAAAAAGCAAAAUUGUGUGCGACCAAUUUUCGACGCUG